AUAUAUACAUACAUAUACAUUCGACGGAUUGCGAAGUGUGGCGAGAAAAUCGUCGGCAUCGUCGUUGUCUCUCUCACACGAUAUACGCUGCGUGUGUACGAUAUAUAAAUCGUCGUGUAUGUACGUGUGCCAUAUCACAAAGUCGCGAACCGAGAGCCAAAGACCCGUUGCCGAGUGCGGGACUGUCAGUUUAUCGUAGCCUAGUAGUCGUGGUGCAUUGAUACUUGCAAUAUAGUGGUGUCUCUCUAUCGUACGUGCAACGAACCGUGCAGUGAGUGUGUGUCGGUGUCCAUGUGCGUUUGUAGCAGUAGCAGUAGCAACAACAGCAGCUCCUGACACAGAGCCUCUGUAUUAUUUUUUUUUUUUUUUUUUUGCGCGCGCGCGCGGAAAAAAACAAAGGCAAACGAGAGGAGGAAAUCGUUGAAAUAAAAGAAAAGGCUUAGAGAGUUUUAAGCAGCUAUAUAUGGAUGACCUGCAGCUAUAACAACGAACGCUUGUGUGUGUGUACUAUAAAGCGCGAGUAAAGUAAGAGCGUCGUCGUCGUCGUCGCGGCGAGGCAUCAAGGCCAUGAUGCACGAGUCGUUGUUCGCCGCCUUCCCUUUGUUGUUGCAGUACUGGUAUAUAUAAUUGCCUACACAAUAACGACCUUUAAUACACAUACGGAGCAGCGCGAGUCGCGAGUCACAGUCGUGUAUAGGUGGUGUGCGAAAUAAACCAAACACCCCCGCGAGUUGACAUGCUGCUGCUAUCGCCACUCGUAGUGACAUCCGAAGCAGCAGCAGUAGCAGAUCCUCGACAACGCGUCCGUCACACGAGCAGCAGAUCAUGGAGUUCGGCGCUCGCGAGUGGAAGUCCAAAGUAGCCAAUCGACGAAAGAAACGACGAGCCAACAGUAGCAGCCGCAACAUGUCGCUGUCGUGGCUGAGUGUCGCGACUCUGUUGCUGCUCGUGAGCAUCGGUUCCGCUGCGGCGCAACAACAGCAGCCACAACAACAACAACAGCAACAGCAACAGUUGCCCAAAGAGUAUCGUUAUCUAUCGGCCCAGCGCGGCGGGCAGCAGAAUCGCCUGAACAAGAACGAGGAGGAUCCGGUGGUGGUGGCUCUGGCGCCGGACGCCCAGAGCGUCUUCGGGGCCAAACUGCACGGCGGUGACAAACGUCAGGCUGCUGCUGCUGCUGCUGCGGCUGAAAAUAUGACGAUCGAUUUUGAAAUCGAAGUGACGACGCCUACGCCAACGACGACAACGACGAUGAGCAGCACCACUACUGUCACUACGAGUACGGAUGAUACGAGUACGAGUUCGACGACGAUGACGUCGACGAGCGGUAGCGAGGAACCCGAGACCGAAGCCACGGAACCGUCGGAUGUACAGACGACGACCACUGGGACGAUCGAAAAUCAAGAGGAGGAAACGAGCCAACAACCCGAGGAGACGGAGGCAACCGAGUCGACGCAAGGAGAAGAGGAAGCCCCCACAACGGAGUCCUUGACGACCCUCACGACGGAAUCCACGACGACGAGUAGUACGCAGCGUCCCGAAACGAUGACGACGACGACGACUACGACAGGUACGAUGCUGAGAUCGGUGACGAUGUCCACUCGACGACCUGCUUUGUCGACGACAGAAGUGCCGACCACCGAGACCUCGACGUUGAGAACGACAACGACGACGAUGACGAAAACGACGUUGGAGGAGGAGGACGAUGAAACGAAAGCAGAGCCGAGCGCGAUACCGACGCAGGAGCCCAGUACGUCUACGACGACUGCGUCGACGGCCUCGAUGUCGACCAUGGACGAGGAAGAGCCGACGAUAAUCAGUACCGUAGAAACGGAGUCGACGACGACGCGGAGAGCAGCAGCGACCACGUUGACCACUACGACCGAACAGCCCGCCACAGUCGCCACGUCGGAAAGUCCCGAGGUAACGUUCACGGAGGAGCCUCUCGUGGUCGUCUUAACCACGACCACGCCAAAAACUAUGCGAAAAUUCACCCAGGAAGAUACGGUGACGCCUACCACGAGCACCACUACUAUCACCGAAACCCCCGCCACCACCGCAACCGUCACCACAACGUCGACGUCAACGACGGAGAAAACUGCUCCGCCACCGGAAACGAUACCGCCGAUUCCGGAUAAUGUCGAUUUCUACACGACCAAGACGCCUACCACUACUAGUACGAGUACUACUACUACUACGACAACAACUACGACUACGACCACCACCACUGAGAAGCCGAGCACAACGACGACUACCACUACGGUGCCCGCCGAGGACGCGACGAUGCUCGUCAAGAUCGUCUUUCAGGGCGAGCUGCCCGACGUGUGCAAAAAUCUGCCCGGCCUCAAGCGGCUGCUGGCCGAUCUCGUCAACGGCAGCAGCGCCAGUAGCAAAAGGAUAUCGACCGAUCAGAUACACUUUUACAAGGUCGACUGUCCCGGGGAGUCGUUGGCGGCCGCGGCGCGUCGCUCGGCCUCAGAGUCGACGACCCUCACCCCGGUGCUGCUCUACGUGCUGGACACUGACGGCAGCUUCGACCGGGAACUCAUGAGAUCUCUGCCCGAGCUGUUCAAGCAGUCGUCGCUCGAGUUUCCCGUCAAGAUCGAAAGCAUCGAGCUCGUCGGCGGCGAGCUGAGCGCCGAGGAUAACAGCGCCGAGCACGACGAAGGCAACACUCUAGUCAUUAUCAUAAUAUCCUGCGCCGUCGUCGUGGUGAUCGUACUGUUGGCCGGCAUUGUCUUUGUUAUGAAGAAACGCAGGAAUCGCUUCAAUUACGGCGAGCGCUGCCGACCGGUCUCGCUGGACGCCUACAAUCUCGACAGCGUUUCCGCCUACAACAGCAGCAUGAGGCGCAGCAAGUCGGCCUUCCGUGGCUCCAAGCGCAGCUACGGCAAUCCCACCUUCGAGGAUUCCAGCGCCAUGCCGUGCCACCCGCUGAACGGAGUCGGCCUGGCCCAAUUCAGCAAGGAUCCCACGGCCGUGUACGAGGAGUUCGCCGAGAUCCCCCAAGUCUCGUGCAACAUCGACGAGCUGCCCGAGGGCGCCGAGCUGAAAAAUCGCUACGCCAACGUCGUGCCGCUGCCCGAGACGCGGGUGGCCCUGCAGCGGCUGAACAACGACCCGCUCACGGAGUACAUCAACGCGAGCUACGUGCACGGACCGAAGAACGCCCCCAAGUACUACAUCGCCUGUCAGGCGCCGACCGACCGGACGGUGGCCGAUUUCUGGCGCAUGAUCUGGGAGCAGCAGUGUCGCGUCGUCGUCAUGCUCACGGACAUCGUGGAGAACGGCGCGGACAAGUGCAGCGAGUACGUGCCGCCGCUGGAGGUGACCGACUGCCAUCGGUUGUUCGGCGACUUUCAGGUCACCUUGAGGAAGCGCGAGCCCAAGGACAAGUACGCCGUGUCGACCUUGCACUUGAAGAAUUUAGAGAACAACACGUUCCGCGAGGUGUAUCAUCUGUGGUACCUGUGGCCGACCAACGGCGUGCCCCAGGACUCGACGAGCCUGAUCGCGCUGCUGCUGGAGGCCAGGGCUCUGCAGCGCCAGGCCUCGGGGCCCAUGGUGGUGCACUGCAGCCCCGGCACCGGGCGAACCGGCACCUUUAUCGCCCUCGAUCUGACCAUCAGGCAGUACGAGUCGACGCGCACCGUCGACGUGCCGCGCGUCGUCUACACGAUACGCAGGGAUCGGGCCGGCGCCGUGCAGACCCGACAGCAGUACGCCUUCAUUUACAAGGCUCUCAAUCAGUACACCGCCAAGUUCAACGGAGGAACGGUCGAGACAGCUUGAGAAUCUCUACGUCGAAAUGUUCGUUGAUGAGAAUUGUGCUAUAUUGUAUAUUUAAAGUUAUACUUUUGCGCGAUAUAAUUGUGAUAUUCCAAAAAAAAAACAAAAAACAAAAACCGCCUUCAUAUGCAUUACCGUAAAAUGCUGAAACACGAGUUGAGACUACUUUCAACUUUUGUAAAUUUUAUUGCCUUAUUACUACUACUAUAUUUACAAAUAAUAUUGACGACUAAACAUGUAAGUGAUACAUAUUAUAAAUAAUUGAUCUGGAACGACGACGGCUCCAGAGAGAGAGAUAGAUAGGUUCCAUGUAUACAAUAAUGCUGUGCACGCGUUUAAUACGCGCCUGCUGUGUAUAUGUCAUUGUGCUUUAUAACAUAAUAAUAAUAAUAAUAAUAUAAUAUAUAGAAGUCUGAAUGAGCGCGCUGGCGAUUACCUAAGCGAGCAUUUUUGUAAAAGUGUAUGUGCGAUGUAUUAUUCAACGUCACGUUCGCGAGUUGUUAUCAUUGAUUACAUUGUUGUUUUUAAUUUUUUCUUUUUUUAUCACACCCGAUAAUUUCGUUUCUACGAAUUUUACCUCGACGCGCGUGCAUAGAGUUUUUUUUUCAUUUCUUUCUUUCGUAUUACGUAAGAAGAAAUUGAGUUUGUUGUUUACCAAGAGAAGAAAAAAUAACGAAUUUUUCCAGUAGAUUGUAUUACUUUUGUUACUCGUCUCGUAAAAAUUUAUGUUCUUAUUAUUAAUCAUAAAGUAACAGAUUAGGCUAAGUAUUGAAAAAAAAAGGAUGGACAAUAAAAAAAGAAACAAAAUACAAGUUGAAUGUUAUUUUUGUAUCUGCGGGAUCGAGUGGACUCAUUCUAAGAAUGAUUCACGUGUAUAGACAAAAAGAACUCAUUUCGUUUUGGAUACAAGAAAAUGAUCGCUUGUUUUUUUUUCAUUUGUCAUCGUUGCUGCAAAUUAAAGUUAUUGUUAUUGUUUUUUUUUGUUGAUUAUUAAUUAGUGCAUUGUGCACCCUAACAGUGGAGUACAUCGCUCUCUAUUCGUGUAAAUAUUGUUUUAUCUGUGUACAUUGAAGCUAUUUAUAACUCGAAAAAGAUAGUGUAAACUGUAAUAUAAGAGAGACAGAAGCAUUAAAAAUUAAUAAUUCUUUUA